CUCCAGCUGCCCGGCCGCCGAGCGAGCGCGGGCCCGGGCCGGGGCCGGGGCUGCGGCGAGGGGCGCCGCACCCAGGGUCCUUCUGCAGCCCUCGUAGCGAGGAGCGAGGGCGAAGACGAGGCUAAGUGGAGCCGGAACCAUGAACCGGAGUUUCCACAAGUCUCAGACCCUGCGCUUCUACGACUGCAGCGCGGUGGAAGUCAAGAGCAAGUUUGGAGCUGAGUUCCGAAGGUUCUCCUUGGACCGUCAAAAGCCUGGGAAGUUUGAAGACUUCUAUAAGCUGGUGCUGCACACCCACCACAUCUCCAACACCGAGGUGACCAUCGGCUACGCUGAUGUGCACGGCGACCUGCUGCCCAUCAACAAUGAUGACAACUUCUGCAAGGCCGUCUCCAGCGCAAACCCCCUGCUUAGGGUCUUCAUCCAGAAACGAGAGGAGGCUGAGCAUGGCAGCUUCGGGGCAGGCUCACUAUCCAGGCGGCGGCGCGCACUGGCCCUGCGGGAGGACGGCCCUCGCCGGCGGGCGCACCUACACAUCGGCCUGCCGCACGACUUCCGCCCUGUGUCCUCCAUCAUUGAUGUGGACAUCCUCCCCGAGACCCACCGCCGUGUAAGGCUCUACCGGCACGGCUGCCAGAAGCCACUGGGCUUCUACAUCCGCGAUGGCACGAGCGUGCGCGUGGCCCCACAGGGGCUGGAGAAAGUGCCCGGCAUUUUCAUCUCCCGCAUGGUGCCUGGAGGCCUGGCUGAGAGCACUGGGCUGCUGGCCGUGGACGAUGAGGUCCUGGAGGUAAAUGGGAUCGAGGUGGCCGGGAAGACGCUGGACCAGGUCACAGACAUGAUGAUCGCCAACAGCCACAACCUCAUCGUCACAGUCAAGCCAGCCAACCAGAGGAACAACGUGGUACGUGGCAGCCGCGCCUCGGGCAGCUCCAGCCGAUCCUCGGACAGCACGGCCAGCCGCCACAGCCUGCCCACUGCCCACGUCCUGCAGAACUUGCCCCCGGAUGACAUGGAGAGUGACGAGGAGGCUGAUGUAGUCCUCGAGGUCUCUAGGCCGCCGGCCAGCAGCCUCCCGCGGAUCAACGGAGCCAGCCUGGCAUCCAACCUGCAUAGCCCUGGGCGAGAGGGCAGCAUGCACAAGCUGCUCAGCUCCCUCCGGUCAGAAACCCGCCAUAGCCUAAACCUGCCCCCAGGAGGGGUGGAGGAGCAUGGUCCAGCAGUCACGCUGUAGGGCCAGGCAACAGACAGGUCAGUUUCCCAAGGGGAAAUACUUUAAAAUUUUUUAUUCUAAUUUUAAAGUAAGAAAAAAUCGUAUACUUAACUCCUUUUUGUUGUUUUUAUUUAUCCCUCCCUUUUUUCCCACAACCCUACUCUUUAUUUCAACUAUGGAUAGAGAAAAAAAAAAUACUGUAUUUUUAUAGAAUUCCUUCACAGAACAUAAAAUAUACAUACACACAUGCACAGUCUGUACUAGGCCAGAUGCAGGUUUCAGCACCUUUGUAAAGGGGUGGGAAGGAUCUGACGGAGUGCAGAAAAAGAUUUCACUUUUAAAUUUUUACAAUCUACUUUUUAAAAUGAAGCUUUAAAAUUACUUUUUAAAAAUAGUCAAAUUCAUGCUUUUUUUAUUGUGCUUCCUGCCAACUUGCACUGACUCUGCCAAUGGCCAGAAGGCUAUGAAGAUGGAACGAGGCAGGAAAGUGAGACUGGUUUUUAUGAGCAAAUGCACCCAAACCUUUGAUGAGUAUGGCUGUAGAGGAUGAAUUUCAGAAUUUCACAUUUUUUAUAGUCCUGUCUCAAGUAGCCAAAUGGGUGUUGAACUCUCAAACCUUCCUGGGAAAAGAGAACCCACAUGAAGUGGUCAUGGUGGCCAUGGCAGGGGUCUCACCCCUGUGGGCAGCCCUGUGAGGUCUUCACUGAUGGCCUGUUCAACUUUUGAGAGUGAAUUUAAUUUUGGGAAGCAGCCAGCUCUGCCAGAGUAGAAGGUAGACUCACCAGUACCAUCUGUGAUCGAAAGCCAGUAUUUACUCCAAGAUAAAAACCAGUCUUUUCCUGUGGAUUGUGAUGCUGAGGGCAGUUGUUUAAAUGUUUCCAUCAGAAAUGAUGACUAAGCCUAUCACACAUCUCCACAUAGGCCUUUGAAAGGUCACAGUCAUUUGGAUGUAUAGGUUCUGUUAUCUUUGCUUUUAAACAAUGUCACAUGGAAUGUAAAGGUUUUUAACACAUUAAAUUCAUUGUCACUUCUCUUUGAUGGUCUGUUAAUAUUUACAUAUUUAGUAAUUAUAAAGGCUUAUUCAUUUUUGAUCCAUAUUUUAUAUGAAAUAUUUUUGUUUGAAUCCAGUGUCAAGGAGAAAAUGUUACACAUUACUUUGAAAACUAAACUUUGACCCAAAAAACUUUCAUACAGGUAGAAAUAUUUUUGUGGGUUGCCCAUUGGGAAACUAUGCAGCUGCUUCUCCUGUGGUCUAGCACCCCCUGCUGGUCAAUGACAUAACUGUCCUGACUUAAGGGAUGUCAGAGUGAUAACAGAUGGAAAACAGUGUAUAUCAAACAUUUUCAUUUUUCUUGAAUUCAUUGAGUGAAAAGCAAAUUAUCUUUCUUCUGUAAACUAUUUAUUGGCCAGAAAUAGCUUUCACGGAGUAGUUGUGGUCUCCUGCGCUCUUGUUUUUGUUAUUUGUAUGCCAAGAUCACUGUCUGUUUUGGCCCUAAGUACAGGGAAGACCAAAGAUGCCCCCAUUUGAGGCCUGGGAUCCCCAAACUUAUGUGCUCCAAUGAACUGUAAGAGCAUUUUGGGGCACCCCAGGAGUCAGAAGUGUUUUUUUUACUAAGACAAGUAUUAUAGAACAAAAACUCUAAUGCUAAGUUACUUGCUAUCAUUACAGAAAUGUUCUUUUACUAAGUUAUUGCUGGUCAUCAAAUAUCUUGUCAAAUAACCAGGUGUGUUACCAAGAAGGAAAUUUAUAUUUCUCACCAUGUUUUGUUAAACAAAUGUGAAUGAUUUUUUAAAGGAAAAAAGGCUUAUGGUGAGAUUUGUGUGCUAUUGUUCAUAAUUCUAGGAGUUAUAAAUUGCUUUGAACAUCUGCUUGAGUGUAUUUUUCUACCCAGGUCUAUAUUUCUGCAAUUUUCUUCUUAAAAAAAAAAAGACAAAAAAAAAGUACUAUGUCGUACACACAUUAAAGUGUUCUUGGUUUUAUAUAUCAAAAAUAAAAACUUUUUCUUUGCUUUUAA